CCCAAAGAAGUCACCGAUAUCAAAAAGUUUCUCGAGAUCGCUCGGAGGAAGGAUGCGACCCUCGCUCGCAUCAAGAAGUCGGCGGCCGCCAAACCAGUAGUUGUCACCAAAUUCAAGAUCCGUUGUUCUCGAUACCUGUACACACUCAAACUGCACGAUUCUGACAAGGCUGAGAAGCUCCAACAGUCUCUUCCCCCU